AAAUAAAAAUAAAAAACAGAGAGCAAUUCCAAUCUCUUUUGAACAUUUGUAUUAAAAACCCAACCCCACUUUUUCACACAUGAAGAAGAAGCAAUUCCGGGUACUUCUUUUUCCAAUUUAUCUCUCUCCCCCUUGAAUUUCUAAUUUAAGACUACGAAUCAGAUUUCGAAAUUUCUCUGGUUUUCUAGGUUUUUUUUUUAUUUUGUUCUUCCCUUCUUGUAAAUUUCUGGGGAUUUUAUCUGAAAUUUGGAAGAAAGGUACGGAUUGAAGGGUUUAUGAUUUGCGGUAGUGGAAAAUCAUGGCAGAGGCUAACGUGUUUUCACCAGGCUAUUGUUUACAUCAUCAGCUUCAACAAUUUCCCAGAAAGUUAGAUUGCAAGCCGGCCCCUGUUUCUUCUAGAAUUGGGUUUCCUUCCUCUCUGAAGCUUAGACCGAUAACCCUAACAUCAUCAUCCAUCAGCGAUUUUCAUGGCCGUAGAAUCGUUGUUCAGAGUCGUCAAGCCAUACCCACAAGAGGAAAUUACCAACUUCUUAAUCCACAGAUGAGUAUUGCAAUUGGUAGAGCUCAAAAAUGGUGGGAGAAAGGGCUUCAAUCCAAUAUGAAAGAGAUAGCGGGAGCCCAAGACUUUGUGGACUCCCUAUUGAACAGUGGGGAUAAACUGGUUGUUGUGGAUUUCUUUUCCCCUGGCUGUGGAGGCUGCAAAGCUCUUCAUCCCAAGAUAUGCCAAAUAGCAGAGAUGAACCCUGAUGUGCAGUUCCUGCAGGUGAACUAUGAGGAGCACAAAUCCAUGUGUUAUACCCUUAAUGUUCAUGUUCUCCCUUUCUUCCGGUUCUACAGAGGGGCUCAUGGUCGUCUUUGCAGCUUUAGCUGUACAAAUGCCACGAUCAAGAAAUUCAAAGAUGCAUUAGCAAAGCACAGUCCAGAUCGUUGCAGCCUAGGGCCACCAAAGGGGCUGGAGGAGAAAGAGCUAAUUGCAUUAGCUUCCAACAAAGAUUUAGGUUUCAGUUACACACCAAAACCAGAGCAACUGGUGCCUGCUCACACACAACAAAAGAUAAUGGCAGAAGAAGCUGCCGAGGCAGUAGCAGCAGCAACACUAGCAUCUUCUUCAAAAUCAGAGCUACCUCUUCCACUGCCUCUUCCUCUUCCUCUUCCUCUUCUGUCAACAGCAACCGAGAGGGCUCCUCAAGACUCUGGGGAGAAGACCCUUGUCUCAGCCGGAAGAUGAGAAGUUAUCGCGGCCAUUGUCAUUCCAUUUCCUCUUGUACAUAUUUGUGUUGUAGUAUAAGAUGUUCAUGUGUAAUGUAUAUGGAGAAUUGAACAACUCAGUUAAAGCAAAUAUGUGGGAAAGUUUAUAGUUGCAGGCUCCUGGAUUCACUUUUUUUAUAAUUGGAUCCAAUCCUGCUAAUAUUGUGGUGACUUAGAAGAGUAAAUGGAUGUGUUCCUUUGUUGCUCAUACAA